AUGCCUGUCGUCGAAGAAAGAAAAAGGAACCAGUGCGACGUGGCGCUCGGUCGCUGCACUUAUUGUGUCAAGAACAACUUGACAUGCGUAGGGCACGGCCAACAGCGUUUCUAUUUUCGAGACGAAGGGCCUAGGCUGCAGCAACGAUAUCCUGGCUCAGCCCUUCCAGACGGCAAGGACGACGCAGAGUACAAGCCAGAUCCCGCGACAUGGAUCGUAGCCCUUGCAAGAGAGCCCUCGAAUAGCUUAGAUAGAUUGACACAAGCGUUCGUCAACAAGGCUAUUGCUGCCGAAGACAUCAAAUACCAACUAGUCAUGAACUUCGGGCCCUUUCUGAAGGAGAUUCCAAGGCGCUUAGGAAACCAUCAGGCUCUGGAUGCCGCUGCUCUUGUUCUGCUUGCCGCCCAUACAGACUACUGUGCUGGCCAACCGGUGCCGAGCACCUUGACCCUGUCCAGGUACUCCCGCGCUUUGAAGACACUUGCAGGAAGCUUGAGUGAUCCAGCCCAAGCCUACACGUCAGAGGCGUUGUGCGCUAUUAUGCUGCUGUCCAUCUGCCAAUUCUUCCUACGCGAUAUGACGCCUUCAAUGAGCCACUUCCGAGGCGUCAGGCAGAUCAUCGAAAAGGGGAAUCUUUGGCGACCGAAGAACGAAUUCGAGCGACAGGUUCUCGUCACGCUACGCGGUCCACUAAUCAUAGAGGGGCUCGUGGACGAAAGCAUCCAACUCACCUCUGAACAAUGGCAAUGUUUGAUGGAGAUUAGACCACCACACUGCGUCAGCGUCGAUUGUGAUCUGAUGGUCUGCCUGUCGCAAGUUCCAAACAUCUUAGCAGACGCUCGCACCGCAUUCGCAGACUCAUAUGUUUCGAAUGAAGAAAUCAUAAGUUUACGGUCAAGAAUCAUUGAUGUUCAAAUAAAAUUUUAUUCCGUCUUGGAAAGACUUCGCCAACGGUGGUACAACACCGCUUCACCCUCCACCAACACCGAGAUCAACGGUUCAAAAAUCAAUCGUGCGAAACAUUGCCAUCAUGCGCGAAUGCUCGCUUUUGGGCUUUCCAUCAACCAAGUUCUGAACAAGACACUCAUCACACUCGCCAUGGAUGGGAACACUACGCUGCUGCAGGCCGAAAACAACGACAUCUCGUUGGAAAUUCUGGACCUUGCAAAGACAUUGCUGGCAUAUCGACCUCUGGGUGGUCUAUCAAUGAAUAUGUUCCUGAGUCUUGCAUACACAGUCACCACUGAUUACGCCGCCAAAGCAGAGAUGGCGAAUGUACUCGACAUGUUCCUCUCUGAUAUCUACCCUAAUGAAUCGCAACCAGUGACAUGGGAUCACUGGAAAGAGUGCGGCAUGAGGACUGGCUUCCCUCGAGCGACUGCUAUCAUGAUGCAGAAUGCGGUGAUGUAUAAGGCCGAAAGAGCAGAAGAUAUAUUGAAAGAGCAUGGAGUCAUGUGGGCGGCGUGA